AUGGGGUUUAAGGGCAGCACCCCACUGGGAACGGAGGGGAACCCGCAGGCCUGUGAGUCUUCCUGGCGCCCCUGCCUUAGCGUCUACUCUCCAGAGCCACAGAGACGGCCUCCUGUUGAGGAGUGCCCGGGCCAGAGGUUCCAGGUUUCCCAGCUGCUGUUCCACCUGCACUCUGCCCUGGGGCCUGGGCCGGACGUCCUGCUGCAGCCGUACCUGUCCAGCUGGGACGAGCUAAUCAAGUUCAUGGAAUCACUGGGCCCCGUGGUGGAGUUCUUCUCUCAAAAGGUCAAGAGCAAAGUGUCCCUGCUGCGCGGGCUGGCCCGACAGGACUGGGAGGGACGGGCGGAGACGGGCGGGGAGAAAGGCGAGGACGGCGGCCCUGUGGGGGGGCCCUACACGUCGGUGCGCUCCAUGAUGCGGUGGGAGCUGGCGCGGGGCGCGGUAGACUUCCGCCGGCAGACGGGGUCUGGCUGCCGCACCCUGCUGCGGCUGCACCGCGCCCUGCUGUGGCUCCAGCUCUUCCUCCGGGGCAUGGGGGAGGAGCCCGGCGCAGGGGGGCGGCCGCAGAGCCCCUCCGAGCUCUGCCGCGAGGCCUACGGGCGGGCCCUGGCGCCCCACCACCCCUGGCUCCUCCGCCAGGCGGCCGAGCUCGCCUUCCUGGCCAUGCCGGAGUGGGACACGUUCUUCCAGCUGGUGUGCGUGCAGAGCCACCAGGAGGCGGGGCCCGUGCUGGACAGAGUGGUGAGGGCCAUCGAAGAGGUGUACAGCAGGACCCAGGGGGCGCUGGAGGAGCACGGCAUGCUUGAACUGCCAUAG